CAGUUUAUUGUCAGGCACAACUGAUGGCUCCAUUUUCAUUCAAGACGCUCGUUAUCAAGUGGGCGUAGGCUCGUCAAACCUGUUCUACAGUUACAUUUAAUCGUGGAAGCACCACACCCUCAUCUCACACUCACAGUAUAUCAGAGUUGAAGUGGUACCCUCACGACACUGGGAUCUUUACCAGUUCCUCGAUGGAUAAAACCUUAAGAAUAUGGGAUACUAAUGAGAUGUGUGUAGUGGAGAAUUUUAAAAUGAGUACACCAAUUUAUACCCAUGAUUUAGCAAAAGCAAUAAAGCACACUUUGACAGCUGUUGGUACCAAAGAUGGCAUCGUUACCAUAUGUGACAUGAACUCUGGGUCCAGUAGUCAUAUAUUAAAGAGACACAAGAAACCAGUAAUGACAGUACAAUGGUCACCUUCUGAUGAAUAUACGCUAGCUACAGGAAGUCAGGAUAAUCAGAUUUUAUUUUGGGAUAUUCGUAAGGCAAGGUGUCCUUUGGUAUCGCUUGAUCAACACAAUGGCAGCCAAGGAAAAAACUCUACAGCACACAAUGGUUAUGUAUUAGGUCUACAGUUUACAACUGACGGUCUAUUCCUUAUCAGCUCCGGAUCAGACCAACGUCUUAGACUAUGGGAUGUAUCCUCUACCUCUAACAUGCUAAUUAACUAUGGCCGGAUCCCUCACUCGUUUAAAAAUCAGACUCACCACUUCUCUCUUACUCCUCCUUCUCUCUCUUUCACUCCUCAUCUUUUAGUUCCCUCUCAUUCUGAUGUUAGUAUAUAUGAACUAUUUACUGGUAAAACUGUUAGUAAACUGAAAGGUCAUUAUAGCAGUGUUACUAGUAUUGAUGUUAAUUCUAAUGAUAUUGAAGUGUAUACUGGUAGUACUGAUAAUACAGUACUGAUAUGGACUCCUGUUAAUAGUAUUGAGCUUAAUACAGAAUCAAAAUUAUCAAGACAAUCAGUAAUUUAUAAUGACACUUGGAGUGAUGAAGAUUAA